AAGGCUCAGGGCACCGGGAAAAGGGACAGCAAGAUCCCCACUGUGGGAACAGAGGUGCCUGGGAGCCUGACUGGACCUGAAGCUCUUCUCACAGUGGGAGGGACAGAGCAGGCAGCGGCCACCAUGGAGUCCCCCUCAGCCCUUGUGCUCAGAGGACUUGUCCCCUGGCAGGGGCUCCUGCUGGCUGCCUCACUGUUGACCUUCUGGAGCCCGCCCGGCGCUGCCCAGCUCACUGUCGUGCCCAUCAAUGCUCCUGAGGGGAAGGACGUGAUUCUGCCCAUCCUCAACAUGCCUCCAAAUGUGUUAGGCAUUGAGUGGUACAAAGGGCUACAGGAAGACUACAAUUUAAGAAUUGCAUUGAUGACAGUGUUCCACAAAAGGUAUACGCCAGGGCCUGCCUACAGCGGUCGAGAGAAAAUAAUCUACGAUGGGUCCCUGCUGCUAGAGAAGGUCACUAAGGAGGACACAGGCUACUACACCAUAAUAGUCUACUGUCUAACUCUACAAAGACAUAUAGCCUCUGCAAGGCUCCAUGUGUACGAGCCUGUGAUAAAGCCCGUCAUCCAGGCCAGCAAGACCACAGUCGUGGAGCACAGUGAUGGUGUGGUCCUGACCUGCUACUCAAAUUCGGAUUUCACCCUGUGGUUUUUUAAUAGGCGGCGUGUGAAGCUCAACAAUAGGAUGCUGCUGUUUUUGAGCAACAGAACCCUCACCAUAGACCCUGUCCGAAGGGAGGAUGCUGGGUAUUACCAGUGUUUAGCCUUCGGACCUUACGGUUUCCAGAGAAGUGAGCUCUUAAAGCUGGAUGUGAAAUAUGAGUGACCCUCCACUCCUGCUUUAUGUUAUUAAAGUGAAUACACUUUUUUGCACCUUUUAAAUAGAUAUAUAGUGGUGAAAAGUACUUAGAAGUUUUGCAUUGAGUUGAUAAAUACUCAAAAAUGUGAGCUGACAUUGUCAUUAUUGUUGACUUAAGGCCGCAUUCCAAGCCACAUCCCACCUCUGGUUGCUCUAAGUUGCACCAUCUCCACAAUGGAGGUGAUGCAGAGUGCCCCAGAACAUGGACAAUGGCUCUGUGAUGGCCGGAAGGAGCACAUAAUAAGCUCAUAGGAAUCUGAGCUCUGUCCCUCCUACAGGGUUUCUGUGGAGGGGGCCUGGAUACUGUUGUGGACAAUGGGAAUGGACAGGAGGACAGCCAUAUGGGUAGUAACAGUGAUCUUUUUCUUCAUGUUUGACUUGUUCCCCAAAUUUUCUAAAUUCUUCUUGAGUAUUCUUGUUUUCAUGGCACUAGAUUUACUUGCAUAAGUUCGGUAUGACUCUGCCCUCCUUGCUAAUAAGAUAUAAUUGGAAAUACUGGUAAUACAAUCAAAGCUUCGGCUCAGUGUCCCAGUUCAGACUGAUGCUCUGAGGAUUAGAAAUGACCUUGCCCUUUAUGGAGCUAAGUUUGACCUGAUGGGUCUUUUGGAAUCUCUUGGAGGAAAGGUCAUCACCCAAAGCUGCAGAGCCUGCGGGUGAGGCGUGAGGGGGGGGCUUCCUGACCUCCAGAGGCUGUUAAAACUCCCACCUAAGGUUUCACAGAAAAACCUGCGUCAGAGCAAACUCUGGUGAAUGGAAGUUCCUUUACAAUCAGGCCAAACCCAGUGACACCAGCCGUGUUGUAGGAUCAAAAACACCCUUCUUCCUUGGAGGUGAAGUUUGAUCAAAGGGAAGGUGACUGUGGAGAGAAAUGUAAUAUCUCCAUGGAAAAUUCCAGAAGCACAGCCUUCUGGGAGAUCAGGUGUGGCUCUGUUCAGGGUCUCAGCUGUUCUGCACCUGCUUAUAAAUUGCUGGGAACUCGCAGCUCUUCAUAAACUGCAGAAGCUGAUGGAGAUGCAAACUGGGUCUUCAUGAAAGAGAUUUAGUUGCGUUUCCCUCCACUGUGCAGAGAGCAGCUUUGUUAUGACCUAGAGGCCUAGUGUCCCCGCAGAGUCACUAACCUUUACACAGGCUCUUCCUGACUGCAGGCCUCUGACCUCCAUUUGUUUUAGAGCAUUUCCUUUAGAAAUGUAAUUGCAACUUGUAAUUCAGGUUCUUUCUCUUCCCUUUUGAAAUAUAUGUAAGUCUGAAAGCUUCUUGCCAGUGCUCUGA